AUGUCGUUCUACCCCAGUAGCGCGGCGAAGAGUGCCGGGCUGUGCGCGAUCAUUGACCGUCUGACUCCCGCUUUUGCAAGCCUCGCAUUGGCUGCAGACAAAGGGAGACGCGCUGACUUGAACCGUUCGUUUAGCGACUGGAAGACGGCGGCCGCGGGGCGUGUCCGGGACAUUGCGAUGCCGAAACUGGGACUUUUCCGCAACGAGAAGGACGCGCGCAGCCCGUGGGCUGCCCCCAAGGCUCGCUCGGCGGCGAGGGUGAAGAAGCGCCUGCUGCUGACACUCGAUGGGGAGGGUAAGACAGUCUCGCGAUGCUUGGUGACCGACGCGAUCCGCUACUGGGACACCCGCAAGGGCAGGCUGUCGAACUCUGCGGGUGUCAACGCGCAGAUCGUGGACGGCCUCCGCGAGUGCGCGCUCGUGGACGUCAUGGCUGCCAUCGAGCAGUUCCAGCCGCAGUACGACCCCACGACGUCAUCGUGGGCGUGGGGCCGCCAUGGGCUGCGCCUGUCUGCGUGCGGGAUCGAGAGGCAGGAGCACGCCGGGCAGGCACCCAGCGUGAGCGAAGGCGCACGGGACAACAUGUCCCUUACCUGA